UCAGCCCCGCUCUUGCCAGAAGUGGAGACUUACCUCCAGCUGCUUCUGGUCAUCUACCUGAUGAACAGCAAGCGAUACCCAGAGGCUCAGAAGGUGUCUGACGACCUGAUGCAAAAGAUCAGCUCCCAGAACCGCCGGGCCCUUGACCUGGUGGUGGCAAAAUGUUACUACUACCACUCCCGCAUCUACGAGUUCCUGAACAAACUCGACGUGGUCAGGAGCUUCCUGCACGCCCGGCUCCGGACGGCCACGCUGCGGCACGACGCAGACGGCCAGGCCACCCUCCUGAACCUGCUGCUGAGGAACUAUCUCCACUACAACCUCUACGACCAAGCCGAGAAGCUCGUCUCCAAGUCUGUGUUUCCCGAGCAGGCCAACAACAACGAGUGGGCUCGGUACCUCUAUUACACAGGGCGCAUCAAGGCCAUCCAGCUGGAGUACUCGGAGGCGCGGAGGACCAUGACGAACGCCCUGCGGAAGGCCCCGCAGCACACGGCUGUUGGCUUCAAGCAGACAGUGCACAAGCUGCUCAUCGUGGUGGAACUGCUGCUGGGGGAGAUCCCGGACAGGCUCCAGUUCAGACAACCCUCCCUCAAGCGCUCGCUCAUGCCCUACUUCCUCCUGACUCAGGCCGUCAGGACUGGGAACCUGGCCAAGUUCAACCAAGUCCUUGAUCAGUUUGGGGACAAGUUCCAGGCUGAUGGCACCUACACCCUGAUCAUUCGUCUGAGGCACAACGUCAUCAAGACGGGUGUCCGGAUGAUUAGCUUGUCCUACUCUCGCAUCUCCCUGGCUGACAUUGCCCAGAAGCUGCAGCUGGACAGUCCAGAGGAUGCAGAGUUCAUCGUUGCCAAGGCCAUCCGGGACGGCGUGAUCGAGGCCAGCAUUAACCAUGAGAAGGGCUACGUCCAGUCGAAGGAGAUGAUCGACAUCUACUCCACGAGGGAGCCUCAGUUGGCCUUUCACCAGCGCAUCUCUUUCUGCCUCGACAUCCACAACAUGUCUGUCAAG